AUGACUGAGAAAGUAAUCGAAACAAGAUUCAAGGACCCGCCAGCGAAGGAAAGAGCCACGAGCCAGACCCCCCGUGUCAGAGCUUACACGAUCCAUGAUAUUCGCCUUCAAACCGGCCCUGUUGAUAACAGGAUUCCGAUCAACCAAAAGUGCCACGAACAGAUUCCCGAAGGCUCCUGUACAGAAGGCCAGUUCCGAAAACGCUCCGUUUCAUUUUACGGCGGUGCGAGACCAGCAAUUCGACGGGGGCAAACAAGCGAGAAACCAACGCCCAGAAUGAUUCAGAAAGCCUCUAACUUUACUGUGCGCGAAAAUGCCGAAUACAGUUAG